AUGGACGACGACAGCCGUCGACGUGUGAUGCUGGUCACUGGCGGCACGGGACUCGUGGGUCGAGCGUUGCAGGACAUCGUAGCAACCCAAGGUUCAUCCCGAGACGAGUGGCAUUUUGUGGGCUCAAAAGACGCGGAUCUACGCGACCCACAGCAGACUCGCAAGCUCUUCGAACGUGUGCAACCCACGCACGUGCUGCAUCUGGCGGCGCUCGUAGGUGGUCUGUUUCACAACUUGUCGAGGAAAGUGGACUUCUUUCGAGAGAACAUGGCCAUCAACGACUCGGUGCUGCAAUGCUGCCAGCAAUUUCACGUGGAAAAGCUCGUGUCGUGUCUCUCCACUUGCGUCUUCCCAGUCGAGACUUCGUAUCCGCUGGACGAGACGAUGCUACACAACGGUCGAGCGCACAACUCCAAUGAGGGCUACGCCAUGGCUAAGAGACUUAUCGAUACACUUAACCGCUGCUACGCGGACCAGUUUGGAUGCAACUUCACGUCUGUCAUCCCUACCAACAUCUAUGGACCACACGACAACUUCAACAUUGACAACGGACACGUAGUGCCCGGACUAAUUCACAAAUGCUACUUGGCUAAGCGAGACUUGACACCGUUCGCCAUCUGGGGAAGUGGCAAGCCGCUGAGGCAGUUCAUCUACAGUCUUGACGUGGCAAGGCUCAUGCUAUGGACGUUGGACCACUACAACAGUGUGGAGCCACUGAUUUUAUCUGUGGGCGAAGAGGACGAGGUGUCGAUUGGUAACGUGGCACAAGAGAUCGCUGCUGCGAUGGACUUCAGAGGGGAAAUUAUGUUCGACUCUAGCAAAGCGGACGGUCAGUUCAAGAAGACGGCGAGCAACGCGAAGCUGCGAAGUUUGUUACCAGAUUUCCAGUUCACACCGAUCAGCAAAGGCUUGCAGCAGACAAGUGCAUGGCUCGAGGCAAACUAUGAAAAGGCACGCAAAUAG